AUGCCAGCCAUGGCGUUCAGACUCCUUUCGGUGGUAUCUUUGUACCUUGCCACAGUCGCGGCAUCGCCGACAGUGACUGUUCACAAUGGUACUCUACGCGGUAUACACAGCGCAGAAUGGGACCAAGAUUUCUUCCUGGGCAUACCUUACGCUCAGCCGCCCUUGGAUAACCUUCGAUUUCGGUGGCCACAGCCCAUCGACCAGCCAUACAGUGGGGAGCAAGAUGCUACAAAGUACGGCUACAGCUGUUAUCAAUAUGGCUACAAUUUCAACAUGAGUGAAGACUGCUUGACACUCAACGUUGUGAGACCUGCAGGCUACUCCAAUCAAUCCCUCCCAGUCCUUGUCUGGAUCUACGGUGGCGGUCUCUACUGGGGUUCUAGCGCUGACCCCCAGUACAACCUCUCCGGUAUUGUCAACACGGCAUCAAGCUCUGGCCAGCCCUUCAUCGGGGUCUCGAUCAACUACAGGCCAGGAGUCUGGGGUUUCCUCCAGAACGCUCAAGUCCUCGUCGAAGGCUCUUCCAACGCCGGCCUGCUCGAUCAAAGGAUGGCAAUGCAGUGGAUCAAAGAAAACAUAGCUUCGUUCGGCGGUGAUGCCUCACGAAUAACCCUCUGGGGCGAAAGUGCUGGUGCCCAAAGCAUAGCCUACCAUAUGCAUUCAUUCGACGGCCGCAAUGAUGAUCUGUAUCAUGCCGCUAUCCUGGAAAGUGGCAGUACUGUCGGCGCACAACUUGAACCACUUCCUUUCUACAACGUCGCUUUCGAGAACCUGACCCGCACAGUAGGCUGCUGGUCCGCUAUCGACCGCCUCUCCUGUCUUCGAGAUCUGAGCAGCGAAGCUCUCUACAACAGCCGCUACAGCCUCACCUGGAACCCCAUUGUGGACGGAACAUUCCUCACAGCUUAUCCUUCUCAGCUCGCGGCUGCGGGUUCCUUUGUCAAGGUACCACUCCUGAUCGGCGCCAACACUGACGAGGGCAUAAGCUUCAGUGUUCGAGGUCUGGAGAACGAGACGGCGCUUUUCAACUCGCUGCUCACGUGGCGGAAUUACGCUCUAUCUCCACCGUCAAUCCGUAAGCUCUUGGAACUAUAUCCCAAUGUCCCAAGUGAAGGCGUCCCAUAUAAUGACACCUCCAACACGACAUACGCCAGUUACGGCUCGCAGUGGCGACGCAGCGCAGCUAUUGGCGGAGACAUGGUCAUGAUCUCUGGCCGCCGCAAAAUGUGCGAGCAAUACGUCUCCGCCGGUGUUCAGGACGUCUACAGCUACCGCUUCGACACUCCCCUCUGGAACGCGAGUGCUCCGAUUGGAGCGAAGCACUUCGACAAUGUAAUGUUCUCCUUCCAGAAUAUCUCCGGUGUAUUGGGACCUUUGCCUCAAUACGAGCAUUAUCGUGAGUUGAGUACAGACAUUGGGAGAGCUUACGCGAACUUCGUGGCGAUGCAUAACCCCAACGGCGUAGUGGGACUGCCGGAGUGGCCCAAGUACGACGUUGAAGAGCCGAAGAAUGUGGUGCUCAAUGCGAAUGGAAGUUGGGUGGAGGAUGAUACGUGGAGGAAGGAAGCUAUCGAUUUCAUCAACACCAUCAGCCGGGAAUUGCUGGCCUAG